AUGUCUCAGAAACAGUACACUGCAGAUGAGGCUUACGAACUGCUGUGCUUAGACAGUGAGCUGUCUGAUAACGCUGAUAGUGAUGUCAGUUUCUGUGGUUUUGAGGAGAGCGACACAGAGAGCUCUGACAGUAGUCUGCACGCUGGACGAUUAUCAAAGAGGUGCAGAACCACCAAACCACAAAAUUCAGACACGCCUAGCACCAGCAGAGAUGUCACAACUACAAGUGCACCAAGUUCAGACACGCCUAGCACCAGCAGAGUUAUACCAACUUCCAGCAGAGAGGCACAAGUGCCUGAAACGCUCCCUCAAAUUGCAUCUCUGAAUUGGCAACCCCCAAGUACAGGCAUCCCGUUUGUCCCAGAAUUUAAUGCUGUACCAGGUGUUACACUGGAUGUAACUGGAUUUGACCCACUACAGUUUUUUCAGCUGUUUUUACCGGACGACCUUUUUGAGCUUUUUGUAAAAGAGACAAAUUUAUAUGGUGCUCAAUAUAUUUCAAAUAACCCCUCCUCUUACUAUGCCCGGCCUGGACAAUGGACACCCACAAAUGUGGAAGAAAUGAAAAAAUUUUUGGCCUUAACAUUUUCAAUGGGUAUCGUAAAAAAAACUACAAUACGGUCUUAUUGGGAGGCAAGUCGCAUCCAUAGCACCCCAAGUUUUGCAACUGUUAUGUCCAGACAGCGAUAUGAAAUACUCCUCAAGUUCUUCCAUUUCAAUGACAACAGUCAGUGCCCCUCAAAUUCUUCUCCGGAUUACGACCGGUUAUAUAAAAUUAGGCCGCUUCUAGAUUAUCUGUCAGAAAAAUGUUUAACUGUUUAUACCCCCUCUGAAAAUGUCUCAGUUGAUGAGUCACUUGUAAAAUUUAAAGGAAGGUUACAUUUCAAGCAAUUCCUUCCAUCCAAGCGGGCCAGAUAUGGCAUCAAACUUUACAAGUUGUGUGAAAGCACAACAGGUUACACUUCUGCAUUUCAAGUGUACCAAGGGAGGGACAGCGAAUUAAACCCCCAAGGAUGCCCAGCUGGUUUAGGAACAAAUGCAAAAGUUGUCUGGGAACUAAUGGGUCCACUGUUACAAAAGGGUUACAAAUUAUUUAUAGACAAUUACUACACAAGCAUUCCCCUUUUCCAGAGCCUGCAAGAAGCAAAUACGGGAGCAUGUGGCACAUUCAGGAGAAAUCGCAGAGGUUUUCCACAAUCCCUGCUGGCAAAAAAACUACAAAGAGGACAAUCUGAUGCCCUUCGUAGUGGCAACCUGCUGGCACUACGCUACAAGGACAGAAAAUAUGUACUUAUGCUAAGUACGAUUCACACAGAAGCCACAGUGCCAGUAAGAGAAAGGGGGUCAACCACCGAUAAGCAAAAACCGACUUGCAUACUAGAAUACAAUAAGUACAUGGGGGGCACUGACCUGUCUGAUCAGGUACUUAAACCAUACGAGUGCAUAUCAGAACUGUAA